CAGCUGAUAGCUGUCAUCACCAGCUGAUAUUUGUUGUUUUGACAUUUAUUUGUCAUUUAUAAGCUAUUUUAAAAUUUUCAUGAAAAAAUUUCUAGUUGACUAAACAGUAGCUUUAAGAUGAACGAACCUGAUGGAAGUUAUUGGCGUUUUUUACCUUAUCCGGCGUUAAUCAAGAUAUUUAAACAUUUAACUUACAAAGAUUUGAUUGCUGCUGGACAGGUAUGCAAGUCUUGGUAUCAGACAAGUUUAAACGACUUGUUGUGGAAGGAACUGUUCUUCAAGAACUUCUUAGUGGACAAAUCAGUCCCAGUAGUUUCAGGUAAAUCGUGGUAUGGAGAAUUUAAAAGGCUGUGCUACCAUAUACCAGUUGUUCAAACAGAAACUCUACUGGACCAUGGUGAUCAGGUUUUACACGUGAGCUUUUCUCAUAAUGGAAAGUAUUUUGCUACUUGUUCCAAAGAUGGAUAUGUUAUAUUAUGGACUGCAAAAUAUCCUGCCAAAGUCAAAUAUACAAGAAAUAUGAAAUAUUUUAAGUGGAAAUACACGCAGUACUCCCAGUUCAAUGAGUCGGAUACUUUAUUACUAGUAUCGGGAGUUCAUUUUGGUACUACUCACAGUACGUCUGGAGAAAUCGCAGUGUUUAAUUUAGAUCACUUCGAAUUACAAUGUAGAGUAGUAAACAAACCCUACGACAUUUUCGGCACUUGGUACAGCGAUCAGUAUUUGUUGUCCGGAGACCUACAUUGGCUUGCUCAUCUAGUCAGUAGUUCCCACUUGUGGCUCAAUAAGGCUUCGCAGGAAGCGGACUCUGAAUUGGUCCCCAUAACUCACUGUCUUUUUAGAUUUUACAAUAGAAACGCCAGCUCCAUAAGAGCGAUAAUGAUCGCAAAUUGCCUUCCGAAUUCUGAAAACGCUAGUAGUAACAACGGAACUGAGAAUAACGAUGCCAAUUUAGAUGACGAAGGCAGCUCUCUACAACACGGUAAUCCUGUUAGCCAUAAAGAUAUUAAGUGGAUUCCUUGUGACGUGAGAAGAGCUAUGGCUAGUAAUUUCGAAAAGAUGAGGAACACCAAAGACUUCCCGACCCCCAUCUGGUACAAUUCCGAUUACCGCAAAGUCGAAUCGGAGUUAAAUCCAAAUGACGACAGCAACGAUGACGAAGAAAUGAACAUAGAAGAGAAGCCCAAUGAAGACUUCGAAGAUGAUGUCUCCGAGUGUUCCAUCGAAACGGACUCCGAUAGGUUUGUAAAGAAUGAUAAAUAUCUCAUCUUCACAACUGGUUACAAAACUUAUACCCCUCACCAAAUAGGCUUCAAAAGGAUACAACCGUUCAUUUUUCCCAAAACCAUGGAUCCUGGACCAACAUUGAAGGAGAGGUUGAUAUUGUUCGAACAGAGAAAGGAGCAAAUGAGGUCCGGUAGUCCCCCUCCUGAUCCAAACUGGUUGGAUUUCGAGCAAGUCGCAGAUAAGUUCAACAAAGUUGACCAUUUGAUCGACCUUCACGGACAUAUUGUAGGGAUGGGGCUAAGUCCCGACCACAGAUAUCUUUACGUGAACAGUCGUUCAUGGCCCGAAAAUUACGUGAUAAGCAACCCUUUAGAUCCUCCUCCUAUCGCACAGGAAAUCGACAUACACGUGAUAGAUUUGGUGACAUUGCGACAAGUAGGAACUAUGUUGAGAGCUCAUAAAGCUUUCACGCCAAAUAACGAGUGCUUUUUUAUCUUCCUGGACGUUUGCAAUGAGUAUGUAGCAAGUGGAGCGGAAGAUAAACACGGAUAUCUGUGGGAUAGGCACUACGGCGCGUGUUUAGCCAAGUUCCCACAUGUGGAUGUGGUGAACUCGGUCGCUUUUAACCCAAAAGACCCCGAAAUGCUAGUGACGACUUCAGACGAUCACAUGAUUAAAAUUUGGAGGUCACGGGGCAAGGUGAGGGACUUGGGUUUGGAUGAAGCACAGUUUCAAAAGGGAAUAGAACUGAGGAAGGGUAGAAGCUUUGUGAAUAACAGGAGGUUUAGAUAAUAUUACGAGCCACUUGCGUAUGGUCAGAGAAAUAAAUAACACGUUCGCGUUAAGACAGCUAGAGCGAUGUUUUCUCAACUGAAACGUUUUAAAUUUAGAACUGCCAUUUGUUGAUGUGGGAAAUAAGGUUUUCCGUACCGUAUUCUAAUAGCGGACUUGUUGAGAAGGGUGAACUUUGUUAAUAUGAAGUUCAUAUUUUUCGAAGUUUUUUUAUUUAUUUGCGUGUGUGUGCGUGUGCAAUAUAAGUAUAUUUUUUAAUAUUAAUAUAAUAAAGAUCCUCAUUUAAUUUUGAGCAAUGCCUAUUCAUUUCGUUGCUUUGCAACAAGCUACAAAUACAAUAUCAAUAAAUAUUUGGAGUUACAAUACCUAUUGCAUAUUUUAUUUUUUACUAGCAAUUUCUCUGAAUUUUAUAAAUCAUGUUUUGAUCUUGUCUUCCUUUUCAGACAUUUAAGGAAAUCGAAGAUACGAUGACACUUUAUAUUUAUUUUGAAAAGCUCUUUCGGGCUGGGUCAAUUUCAACUAGAGAUGGACACUUUUCGGAAAAGUGUGUUACGGACAUGUUGAUGAAAUGUCCGGACAUGUCGGAAAAAUUACUUCUGAAUUUGAUAAGGCACUUAAGAGUGACGUCAUGUUUUCAUAGGUCACUGCUUGAGGGAACACAAAAGAAAAUAUGACUUUUAUUUUAAUGAAUAUAUUUUACUUAUUACCUACCUUUAGACUUUUUUUAUAAACUGGUUUCUAAUUUUCCCCGGACAGCCAAUACACUUAUUUAAAUGUUUUUCCAUCCUACUGGAAUUCAUAAAAAUUGUUUUUGA